CCUGAACCGUCUCUCUAAUGUUGCGAGACCAAAAAACCCUAAUCAAUCUCUUCCCUGAAUAGUAGUAAUGUUGUAAGGGAUCGAAACACGGGAGGAGGAAGUAAAAUGGCGGUUUCUUCCUUGGGAGUAAGCUCGGAAUUGAGGAGGCCAAAAACACGAGUUCCGAGGGUUCUGUGAACAACUACUAAAGGCGCUCAUUGCCUGUUGCUCGACAUCUCAGAGCUCUGUGGGGUAUAACUUGAAAAGUAAGGGCUUUUCCGAAUUCUUUGUGCAAUGGAGGCCGUGGUGGUUGAUGCUGGCUCGAAGCUGCUCAAAGCUGGUUUCGCUAUUCCAGACCAGGCCCCUUCCAUGAUAAUACGUACACAAAUGAAACGCUUGCCUGAAGAUGGAUCGUUGGUUGACAUUUCACAACCUGAGGAUGUCAUUGUUGAUCCAGUUGUGCGAGGGUUCAUCAGAGACUGGGAGGCCAUGGAAGAUCUGUUGCACCAUGUUCUAUAUUCUGGCCUUGGAUGGGAAAUGGGCAACGAGGGACAAAUUUUAUUUACAGAUCCACUUUCAACUCCCAAGGCAGUUCGAGAGCAACUGGUGCAGUUGAUGUUUGAAUCUUUUAAUGUCUCGGGCUUUUAUGCAUCAGAGCAAGCAGUAUUAUCACUUUAUGCUGUUGGGCGAAUCUCAGGCUGCACUGUUGAUAUUGGUCAUGGAAAGAUAGAUAUUGCACCCGUAAUUGAAGGUGCAGUUCAGCACAUUGCUUCGAGAAGAUUCGAAAUUGGGGGCAUGGACUUGACCAAUUUGCUUGCACAGGAGCUUGGCAAAUCCUAUCCACUUGUGAAGAUCAACAAUUCAGAUGCUGAGCAAAUAAAAGAGCAAUACUCGUGUUGUGCUGAAGAUGAUAUUGCUUAUGAGAAGACUCAGCAGUCAUGUCAGGAAGAGCAACACAUUCUACCUGAUGGACAGGUUAUCACCAUAGGAAGAGAAAGGUAUACUGUUGGUGAGGCUCUAUUCCGACCAUCCAUUUUGGGUUUAGAUGCACAUGGAAUAGUUGAGCAGCUUGUUCGAAGUAUCUCAACUGUGUCAUCUGAGAAUCAUCGUCAACUGCUGGAAAAUACAGUACUUUGUGGUGGCACUGUUUCAAUGACUGGUUUUGAAGAAAGAUUCCAGAGAGAAGCAGGCCUUUGCUCAUCAGCUAUCCGUCCUUCUUUAGUGAAGCCUCCAGAAUACAUGCCAGAGAACUUGACCAAAUAUUCAGCAUGGGUGGGAGGCGCCAUACUUGCCAAAGUAGUGUUCCCACAGAACCAGCAUAUGACCAAGGCCGAUUACGACGAAUCUGGACCUUCCAUUGUGCACCGCAAAUGUUUCUAGAAAUUGUUGUUGUAUUCAGUCUCAGUCAGUAUGUAUAAUUACUUGUGAAACUAAAUGCCCCUCACUGUAAUCCAAUGAUACAGUCCUUGGUCCUUUCACAGGCAGCGGAUGAUCUUCGUCUUGUAGAAGCUCUUGAUAAUCUAAUUAUUAUGGCCAAAAUCAACUCUCCCAGAAUGCCCAGUGAGUUUUCUGGCACA